CACCGUCGUUGCACAAGCCAAAGCAGACAACAUCGAAUGCAAGCAGCGCCGUCCGACCCCUCGCGAUCGCCAUCGCCAUCGCCAUCGCCAUCGCUCGCCACCCAAACCACAACAACCACACCAGCAGCCUCAUCGUCGCGCAAGUGGGUCUUCCUGGCUGUCGGCGGCGCGUCGCUCGUCGGCUUUUACGCGGUGAUUGUCCCGUUCCUCGCGCCGGCCUUCCGCAAGCACUGCCUCCCGUUCGUCCCUGCAUCCCCUCGGCAAAUCCAACUCGUCCUCAAUCAAUGCAAACCAACCGGAACGCUGGUCGACUUGGGCUCGGGCGAUGGCCGUGUCGUCAUUGCUGCAGCCAAGCAAUUGCGCAUCCCAUGCACGGGCUAUGAACUCAACCGCUGGCUCGUGUACUAUUCGCGUUACAGUGCCUGGCGCAACGGCGUUGGCCACCUGUGCAAGUUUGAAACACGAAACCUGUGGCACGUCAACCUCACGCCCUUCUCGCAAGUCGUCAUCUUUGGCGUCAAGGAAAUGUUUGCCGACCUCGAGCGCAAGUUUGCGCAAGAGCUGCAGCCCUCGGCCACCGUUAUUGCCGGGCGGUUUGCGCUGCCAACUUGGCAAUCCGAUCCCACCCGCGAUGUGGUCGAUCCCAAAGGCGAGAUGGGCAUCCACUCUGUCUGGACGUACUCUGUAGGUGCCAAUCAACAACAGACAUCCGCCGUCAGUGCAAGUGCGGCGCCGGAAACCGAUGCUUCAAGCCCCGCGACUACAACGCAAUAG